UUUCCCUUUUCUCUAUCUGCCUGCUGUUCUGUCUCUGCUCUGCUCUGCUCUGCUCACGUUGAAAUCAUUAUUAUUAGAUCUAAAUGAAAAGACCCCUUUAUACAUACAUACAUACAUAUAUAUAUAUGUAAUUUUUAAAGAUUCAUUAUCGCGGCAGAGGAAAGAGAGAACGAAAAAAAAAAAAAAGGCAAGGCAAGGCAAGCAGUUGGGUUACUAUUUUCUGCUUGUUGGCAUUUAGCAUUCCGACGGCACCUGACGUCAGAUGUAAAUAAGGAAUAGUAAGUUCAGUGAAAAAAUGGCUCCCCACCAUUCUGCAGCUGGUACUGCUUGUCAUUUACUCCAGGCCGCACCAAAAAGUCGGCUGGAAAUUAGAUAAUAUUCUUGACCGCUAGUAUUUAUAAUACAAGGCUGAUGCGAAAGAGAGAUACAUAUAGGUAUAUAAAAAAAAAAAUACAACUCGAAAACAAAACAAAAAAAUCGAAAACUACCAAACUGAAAACUGUUGAUAUUAAAUAAUAAAAAAGAAAAAUGAAGAAUCUGUAUUCUAUAGUUGGGGUGGAUGAAAACGCAACAUCUGAAGAAAUUAAAAAGUCAUAUAAAAAACUGGCCAAGAAAUUACAUCCAGAUAAAAACAAAAGCGAAGAUGCCGAAGAAAAGUUUAAAGAACUUUCCAAAGCUUACGAAGUUCUAAAGAGUAAAGAGAGCCGGCAAGAUUAUGAUUUCCAGCGAAAGUACUGUCAGAAAGGAGACGAAAGUAAGCGGUUUCAAACGAAAACCACAUACGACCCUCGUUCGAGAACAAGGACUUUUAGGUUCUACGAUUCACCGGAACAGGAUAAGAGUUAUGAAAAUAAAACCAACGACAGCAAUUUCAGCGAUCAGUACCGACGCAAAGAAAGAAAUGGUGGGGCAAAACAGGAUAAGAGUUAUGAAAAUAAAACCAACGACAGCAAUUUCAGCGAUCAGUACCGACGCAAAGAAAGAAAUGGUGGGGCAAAACAGAAGAAGAGUUAUUACUUCAACAAGAGAUCGAAUUCGGAUUCUUCCAGCUCGUCAUCUUCGUUUCGGUCUUCUGCCGAAAGGAGUACUCCUCGUUCUACAAAUCACAUGAACGGACAUAGAGAGAACUAUGAAGAGCCUUUCGAGUAUUACAAUCGCACUUCUGCAACACAAAACGAACGGACACGAACAAGGGAAGCAGACCGAGACAGCUGUUCAAGAGAAGAUGACUCAGGAAGCAACAACGAUACUUUCUCUAAUUCUAAACCAACUUACACCAAUGGAUAUUCCACUGAAUUUCCUAAAUUCUUCGAAACAUUUGAAUCCAUUAUUAAUAAGAACAUGAAGUAUAUGCAUAAACACUUCUUCAAUGCUGAUUCUGCACAGAACAACUUACAUUCUGACUAUUUUCCAUCAUCUUCGAGUAGUUUUGCUGAAGAGCCUCCACCCCAAAGGUCAGAACUGUUUUCAUGUGCAUUUUGCGGGCUGGGUUUUAACCUUGAGGAAAUGAGAAUUCACGAACGGAGAUGUAUGAAAACCAGAUCUCACAGGAAGUCCUCUGAUCCCUUUAGAAAAGCCUUCACAGCUGAACCUUAUACUGAAGAUAGAAAAACUAACCUCUUUUUCAAAUCUUCUUCAAAUGAAUCAGAAUUCAGUACCUGUGCCUGCCCUAAAAAUGCAAGCAUGAAAAAGAUUCACUUGCCCUCCUGUAGUGAAUAUAAGUAUUCGUCGUCACCUUUUAGCCUCCGUCAGAAUGAUGGGUCUAUUUUCCCUUCAAAAUCUGAGUGGACCCCACCUGUAUACACAACUUCAUCAAGUUUUGAAACUGAUUUUAUUCCAGAACCAAUAGUACCAUCAUUAUUAAUACAAAGAAUAAACAAUAUUUUAACCAGAAAUUCCGACUUAUAUAAUAGAAAACUUGAUGAGACCAAUUUCUUGAAAUUACGUUCCCGUUGCACCAGUUGUCAGUUUGUGUACAGUAAUGGUGAAGAGUUUAUAUGCACGUGUUAUAUCAGCUCUCGUUUGAUGUAAACUCCUGUAAUGUUGAACCAAUAAAACUUUUUUUUUUACUUUGUGUUUGCGCGUGUGUGUGUGUGUGUGUCUGACCAUAUGUACUUUAAAGUCACUCCCUUAAUAAACUGCAGUGAAUAAAUUAAUACACAAUGA